GUUGUGUCGUCGUCGUCGCGUUGUCGAAUAGUGGAAGGUAAAGCGGGGCAAGGAAAAGGGAAGGAUCGGUGAGGGGGAAGAGAGCGACACCCGUAGCUCCGCUUUACCGCCGCAUUCUCGAGCGUUCGUCUCCGUUCGUCUCCUCGUACGGCAAGCAAGCGAGCGAAUGCACGUCGUCGUGUCGCGCGCAUACCAUUAUUUCGUGUCUCGUGUUCAACCUAGAAUACGGUUUCUCUUGUAUACGUAUCAGCAGCGUACAUCUGUGCAUCAGUAUUAAUGACGCUUAGUCGUUAGUCAGUUUUCGAUAAACGUUUAUUGCUAGAAUAAGUGUGGUAAAAAUAUCUGGCGUCCGAGUAACGUGUUCUUCUUUUUCUUUGCUCCGCCUUUACGGCGCGUCGCUCACUUCGAGCGCUAGUAAUACGCGUUUGCUAAAAUUUCGAUGCUCAAUAUUUUCAAACUUUUGAACAUCAUUUUUCGUGGCGUUACGAUACAAUCCAUUAGUUACGAUACAAAGUGGAAAGGAAACGUGGAAGACGGAAAUAUAAUGGGAAUAUAUUGAGUGAUUUUUUCGAGAGUGAAAUUGAUUUUACGUGGUGUUUAUUUUUCGGAGACUAGUACAGUCUCUCAUAAUAAAUAUGCUAUAAAACCGUUAUCGUGCAUCCAAAAAGUGCAUAAAGGAUAUACAGAAACAGAAUAAUAGACGUGAAAAAGUGGAUGUGAGUGAUACGUUAGUACGUUGUGACAACGACGACGACUCGGCGGAAUAUUCGUGGACGAAGAAAUCGACCAAAAUGAUGGGGAAGAGAACGCAGUGCUACUUGUGCGAUCUGCCUAGAAUGCCCUGGGCAAUGAUCACGGAAUUUUCGGAACCCGUGUGCCGUGGUUGUGUGAAUUAUGAAGGUGCCGAUAGAAUAGAUGCAGUAUUGGAAUCGGCUAAGCAAAUGAAAAAAGCACACGGUUUCCAUGAAGCUAGAUCUUCUACAUCAAAAGCUUAUAGAACAUCCGGACAUACUGAACACAAUGGAGGUGCUAAUUUGGACGUUCUACCGAUACAGAAUACUGGUCAAAACCAUUCAAGGCAUCACAAUAUUGCUAGUUAUUCGCAGCUUCAUCAUCGAAACUCCAUUACCGAAUUUAACUCAGGUACAUCAAGACAGCAAAUUUCUCGGCAACACGAGGAAACUCAUGAGAUUGCGAAUGGCAUGAGGAGUAAUAACGUAAGAAUCCCAAACGCCCACCUAGCUGCAGUGGCGCAUCACGUGAAUCUUAGCCACAACAGAGGUAUCGCACAACUCAAACGAAGUAUUUCUACAAUCGAUGAGGAUGAGCAUGCUGAAAAGAGACUUUCGUUGGAAGAACAGCAUUCGGUCAGGCCACCAUUGACUAGAGGUGAUUCCUUGCCAGCUGUAAGUCUUGCCGUCAGUUAUGUACAAGAUAGAAGCAAGGAGAAACAUCCUGUGAGAGCACCCAGCUUUGAGACCGCCACUUCAUUCAAGGCCAAUGGAGCGUAUGUCGGUCCAUCUAUUCCAUUAGCACCAGCAAAUGUAGCAGCGAAUGGUGGAGGGUCUCCUCUUCGUCCACGAACUAGCCCUCCACCACCGCCACCACCAGCACAAGAAACCACUAACGAUAAUCCACAGACGAAUCAUCAUCAGGGUACAACAAAUGGCCCGUCUCCAAUGGCCGCGCUCAUGUCUGUUGCUGAUAAUUUAGCAUCACCAGAAUCAGUGCCACAACCACCAAACAAUCCAAGUCCAACUAGCAGAAGCCCACCGACUACGGCUACAAACGCUCAACAACGCAGUGCCUCCAGAGGGUCGCAGCAUAGCCCGAAUAGUUCAGCAUCGUCGGGUAGGAGGUCCAGCGGUUCAAGGCACGUAUCGUCAACGACUGUAACAACAUCAUCAGAGGGAGCAGUUGCUCAAGUUGCUGGAGCUGAACAAGUCUCAGCACCAAUAUUAAAAUGCACCCUGUGUCAAGAACGCCUCGAGGACACACAUUUCGUUCAGUGUCCCAGCGUACCACAUCACAAAUUCUGUUUCCCAUGUAGCCGAGAGAGCAUAAAGAGACAGGGUGCUGGAUCAGAGGUUUAUUGCCCAAGUGGUGAGAAGUGUCCACUGGCGAACAGCCAAGUGCCAUGGGCGUUUAUGCAAGGCGAGAUAGCCACAAUCUUGGGCGACGAUACCACCGGUUCUGGGCUUAAAGUAAAGAAAGAAAGAGAAACUUAAAGAUUCUCAUACUGUUUUAAAACGGGGCUCAAUUUUUGCACCCUCUUUGACGAGGGUUAAUUAUGGUGGAACCGUGAAGGUUUAACCAAAAAAAUACUUUUGGUAAAGGUGAUAAAUGUUGGCGGCGAUAUUGCCAACAUUAUUCGAUUCGAGCCAAAGACGUUGUCGGUGCAAAUUUGGAAUUAAUAACGAAGUUGUUGAUGUUGUUGUCGGGGAAAGUGGACGAUUUUUUUCAGCGAUUUAUUUCGCUGAACGUUCUAUUCACCGAGACAACAGACUGUUUCGAUCGAUCAAUCGUUCGUUCGAUCAAUUGUUUUUUGACUGGUUUUGAGAAGAAGUCUUUGGCACUUUUUGACAUACUGGCGUCGGUUCUGCAUACGUGUGUAUAUAUGGGAUUAUCAUAGGACGGUUAAUGCGCGAAGAAGUAAAAUAAAAAAAAAAAUAAAAAAUAAAAAAAAAAGAAAAAAAAAGAAUACGUGAUUUCUAUCGAAUAUAUUCGAAUUAACGUAGUAGAAGAAAUCACGGGAGAGAUUUUGUGUCCGGUUUGGGUUUGUACUUAGGCUCGAUCGCCUUUCUUUAUUGUUUCUUGUGUCGCGAACAUUUUCGCGUUUUUUGAAGUACAACACAUACAAAGGACAUACACUGUACACACAAUGUAUACAAACAUGAUUUGUUGCGUACACAUACACAAAUUACUAAACACACAUAUACGUACACAUAAAAUACAUAACAUGAUACUAUUAAAAUUAGGCGGUUGUAUUGUACUUUAUUUUUAUUCACGCUAUAUCGUGAUCGCGGAUUAACCGGAGUCGGAAGUAUCGUGCUUCGGUGUUCUAAAAUCCGUCGAGAAAAUCUCUGACGGAUGUCCUUUUCUAAUCUUUCAUUUGUAUACUCUUUCUACUAUUAUCACACACUCGUUGUAUGAUAGAAACAUAAAAAAAACAUGGCGGAUAUAUGUAGACCCAGCGUAUGGGUUUUCUGUACAUUGUGUAUAUGUGUACAUACCACAUUAUUAAUAAAACUUAUGGACUAAAGAGGAAUAACCAUUUUUAAAUGUACAAAAGAAAAAUUUACAUUCGUUUUGCGUGUUAUUCUUAUUAAAUUAUUUUUCUUUUUUUUUCUUCUUUCUUCUCGAAUUAUUAUAAAAUAAACGAAAAAAAAUCGUACAUCCAAAAAUAUUUUACAAAAUACUUGAGCGCAUUUUGUUUUUGUUUUUUCUUUUCGUUCUUUCUCGUUUGCAAAAAUUUACGAAAUCUCUUUGUAAGAUUUGUCUGGUGGUAUCUGAAAAAAAAAAAAAAACUAACGAGAGAGGAGAGAAGGAUUUGGAAAGGAAGGAGUGGGUAUCGUUCUUAUCCAGUCAUUCAUAAUAAAAAAAAAAAAAUCGGUAUCCGAUUAUGUAACGUCCACUUUCGCCUUUAGUUUAUUUGCUAGACUUUAAGUGAGAGGGCCUUUUGGUUUUUCAUUUUGCCGAUGAAAAAGAUGACGCCCGUCAAAUAGGAACCAUACACUCGCUAUUGUCUCUAAAAACGUAAAAAAAAAAAAAAACGAAUAAAAAAUGAAGAAAUGAAAAGUGAAACAAAGCGGAAAAAAGGGGGAUGGAAAGAAACGAAAUGAGAAACCGAAAAAAAACGUAAGCAAGCAUAUAUAUAUCUUGGUAUCUAACUGGUGUCCGAGAAUUUUUAUCACGAGUUUUCUCCGCUCCGAAUAAGAGCAUUUCUCGGACACGAGCGUGACUCCUUUUUGUAUAUAUUUGUACAAAAUGGAUAUUGGCACAAUAGACUAAGAACAGAGUGACGAAAUGGCGCGAGAUCGAAAAUUGCAAAACGAUCACGCGUUUGCGUGGCUCAGAUUCUAAUCAAAGACGCUUCGUACUAUCGUUAGACUCUGAUUUCCGGUGGAACUUGAUGAACUCAUCGUUUCUGUUGGUCAACGGCGCUCUUUUUUCGAAUCACAUGCUGCUUCGAUACUCAUUCGAGAAUCCAUCGAAGCAGCCUGUGUGUAGAGGCUAUCUGCGUUAGCGUAAGCAAACUUAUUGUAACGAAGUAGGAGUGCAAAAUUGAUGCAAAAAUGAGUGAGAGAAUGCUGAGUGAUGAGACAUGGUGCGAAAGAGAUAUUAAUCCUUUCGUGACUGUACCCUUAGUACUGAGAGUGUUCUUUUUUUAUUUUAUGUAUAUAUAUAUAUAUAUAUAUACAUAAGUCAAAGUAACUUUUGUGAUACGGAAAGAAAUAUGUGUACUAAUAUUUAAGUACAGUUGAUGGAAGUGUUGUAAUGAGAUCAUAAGAUUUGUUUAGGUAUUAAUCCUCUAUAACGUUUUGUAAUUUGGAAUUCAGUAACUAUGUAUUACGUAUAAGAUAUUUCUUACUAUAUUGUACUAUAUCUUAUAAAUAUAUUACAAUAAUAAUAUUAAAUAAUUUGUUUAUACCAUUUAUUGGUUUCAAGAUUUCAAAUGAAAAACCUAUCGAUUAAUUAUAUUUUUUUUUUUAUAAUAAAAGUUAUGGAGGGUUAAUAAUCGAAGUUCGAGUUUUGCUCAGGAUUGUAUAAUGUCAACAUAGAGUUAUUUCUUUUUUAAUAGUAUGUUUAAAAAAAAAUUUUGUACAUAUAGUUUAGAAAACAGGUUCUGCAAAUAUGUUAUUUUUAAUAUAUAUAUAGAAUAAUACAUAUAUGUAGAAAUUACAAUUUUGCAAUGCUGCAUCUACAUAUAAUUUCGCAAUAAUGGCAACUAUAUUGCUUUUCUUUUUUAUGAAAAUAAGUGAAAGUAUAGUUAGAUGUUUGAAAAACAAUUAAUAUAACAUUUGGAGUUAUUAGAUUGUCUUUUCAUACCAGAAAUUUAUUAUAAAGCAUAAGUAAAUGAAAAAGCUAUCAUUUUUUUUUUAGAAAUAUUUAAAAUAAAAAUUAUAAAUAGAAAAUACAGAGUCCAAUUUAAUAUUCCAGAAAUUCUGGAUGUGACCAAUUUUGCCUUAUGAUACUGAGUCAUAACAGUCGUUAUGAUAGAUUAUCACUUAAGGGAGAGUUACUUUAUGCAAUAUAAAUACAAGAAGCUGAAGUUAGUUUUAAUUCAAUGUUAAUUGCUUUAUAUCACUAAUAGAUAUCAUCAAAUACAAAUUAAAGACAAUGUUUCAAUAUUUUGCCAAGGUUUUAUAGCAGUAAAUGACUUAUGCUCGCUUAAAUAAGUGUAUGUACUAAAAAGAUCAAAGCAAGGUUAACAUUUUAAUUUCUAACUUUGCCGCAGAAGAAUUCCAUUUAUCUGUAUACGUUACAUGGACAAAUAAUUCAUAUAAAUUCAUGGAGUUCACUUAUAAAAACAGGUUCUCCUUGUUAUCUACAAUUUUUAUCUACAAAUAAUAAAAAUUCAUCGUUUGGAUAAAUACAAUUAGUAGGAUUUCAGUUAAUCAGUUCGCAUUAAUCGAAAUCUUAUUUCAAUUGGUAGAAAGUUCAGAUAAAUAAAAUUCUACUGUAUAAUGCUUCCAUCAACUAUACUUCGUAUAAUUAUGGUGUAACGCAUAUAAGUGGAAAUAAAAAUAAUUCUAUUAAAGAAAACGUGUACGUAAGAUUUAACCCUUGAAAGGCGGAUAAUUUGAUCGACUGGCUGGAUACAUUUGGACCUAUAUAACAAUAUAUAACAAUAUAUAAUCUGCAUUUUAAAUAAUUUUUAUUAUAUUUGCUUUCUAUAUUACUGUAAAUUAAACAAUUAUUAUUCGUCAUAUUAUUAAUCGAACAGGAUUAAAAGCCCAAUGCGCGGGGGGCCCAAAAGUACCGCCCAGGCACCGCCCAACGAGGGUUAAGUUAAAUGAUCCGAUAUCUAGGGGAGUGAUGAAAGGAUUAAUAGAAAAAAAAAAAGAAAAAAUAAAAAAAAUAAAAAAUAGAAG